CUCUGUCGCAGCAGAUCUCACUCUCUUUCUUUCGAACCUUCCAGAAUGAACCCGCUCCGGCCAGCCACACUGGCAGCGCUCGCGGCGGCGCUCCUCCUCCUCCUCACCCACACGCGCGCGCACAACAUCACGCGCAUUCUGGCGAAGCACCCGGAGUUCUCCACCUUCAACCACUACCUAACCCUAACACACCUAGCGGCAGAGGUCAACCGCAGAACCACCAUCACCGUCUGCGCCGUUGACAAUGCCGCCAUGAACGACCUCCUCUCGAAGCACCCUUCCAUCUACACCAUCAAAAACAUCCUCUCUCUUCACGUCCUCCUCGACUACUUCGGCGCCAAAAAACUCCACCAAAUCACUAACGGCACCGCGCUUGCCGCCACAAUGUACCAAGCCACCGGCACUGCGCAGGGAUCCUCCGGCUUCGUCAACAUCACCGACCUCCGCGGUGGCAAAGUCGGCUUCGGCGCCGAAAACAACGGCGGAACACUCUCCGCAAACUUCGUCAAAUCCGUCGAAGAAAUUCCUUACAACAUUUCCGUUAUUCAGAUCAGCAAAAUCCUUCCCUCGGCCUCAGCGGAAGCUCCUACACCCGCACCUAGCCAACAAAACCUCACCGCUAUUAUGUCCAAACACGGUUGCAAAGUCUUCGCCGACACGUUAUCUUCUUUCCCCGACGCUCUCUCGACCUUCAACGACAACCUCGACGGUGGAUUAACUGUUUUCUGCCCCGUCGAUGACGCGUUCAAAUCGUUCCUUCCAAAGUUCAAAAACCUAACCGCUUCCGGUAAGGUCUCGAUCCUCGAAUUCCACGGCGUACCGGUGUACCAGUCCAUUGCAAUGCUCAAAUCCAACAACGGAUUGCAGAACACUCUCGCCACCGAUGGCGCUAACAAAUUCGAUUUCACCAUUCAAAAUGACGGCGAACAGGUCACGCUUAGGACCAAAUCUACCACUGCGAAGAUCACCGACACGCUCAUUGAUGAACAGCCUCUCGCGAUCUUCGCCAUUAACAAGGUGCUUCUUCCGAAGGAGUUGUUUAAGGCUGAGGCUCCCGCACCUGCUCCGGCGCCGGAGCCUGCAGCCGCCGACGCUCCCUCGCCGGCCAAGAAGAAGACAAAGAAGAAGGCUGCUGAUGCGCCUGCCGCGGAUGCGAGCUCUGACGCGCCCGCUGACUCGCCGGAUGGUGCCGCCGAUGAUACCGCCGACGACAGUAACGGCGCCGUUAAACCUAACGGCGCCAGGUACGUUAACUUUAUCGUGGCUUUGGCCUUGGUUUUUGGUUUGCCGUUACUGAUGUGAUGUGAGUUAUGUUGCUGUAACUGUAACUGUAACACA